AUGGUUUCACCAUCCAGAACGACGACGAGGACGAGACUCUACGUCAAUUACGAUGGCCAUGUCCAUGAAUCCAUUCUCCCCGAUCCGAAUGAUCAUUUUGUGAAAGUGGUUUGUGAAGGAUCUGUGGCUAUUGGUGCAACAGCCCAAGGUCAUAUCUACAAAUGUUCGGAAACCAAAUGUCCAGAACGCAUUGAAUCGUGUCAAGAAUUCAAGAAGGAUGGAACGAAAAUCAAAUUUUUACUGGCUGGUUAUUAUCAAUUUAUUGUGAUCAAAGAGAGUAAUCGAGUGUAUGCAGGUGGAGAUCAUAGCUAUGUUGGAGGUGUUAUUGGAUUAGAGGAAGGUAGUGGCAUCUAUUUGAGAGUGGUGGACACUUCCAUGAUCAAAGGACACACCAUUACUCAUGCAACAUGUGGAACAUACUCGACUGUCGUAGUUGUUGAUGACACAAAGGUGUAUUUGAAUGGAAAAUUAGGAAAAAGUACGAACCGAUUUGAACUUUUGCAAUUUAACAAACCUGUUUCGAGAAUCUCUGCUGGUUAUGAUCACAUGAUCAUCAUGUGCAAGGAUGGUACUGUCUACGGCAUGGGAACGAAUGGUUAUUCCCAAAUUAUGGAUCAUCGAGAAAAUGAUUCAAUAGUUCAAUUGAAUCCACCAUUUUCACAUGUGUUAGAUUGUAUAGCUAUUCGUUUAAGUCAUAUUACCUGUUGGCUUACUCCAACAGUUGUUCAUGUGUAUGGAUAUUUUGGUGACUUGUAUCGGCAAAUGUUAGGUUUUGGAGCUGUUCGUGUUGAUGAUCAUCAUGUGACAAUCGAUCGUGAAAAACUCGGACAUGACUUUGACAUUUCUGGAGCUUACACAUCAUUGACAUUUUUCGAUAAGAAACAGAGGAAAUUAAUAGGUGGUGGUGGAUCAUCCAACUUAAAACAGUUCUCCAAAUUAGAUUUAAUUGAUCAACUAUUUGCAGAUGCAUUACAAAAACAAAGUCUUUAUGAAAAUUUAGACGAUACGUUGCUAGAAGUGUCUAAUGGGGCUGAUAUCGUUGCUUUAUUAAUUGGAGGUGAUUUGGAGAAAGUUACAAGUUACACCAAACAAAAUUUGCUGAAAAUGUGCAAAAGGUGUAUUGAUGACAUGCCCUCAGGUGAUGACCAUUCAAAUGGUGUAGUUCCAUUUAGUGAUAUUGUCAUUUGUAUUUGA